AUGAGAUCUUUCGAUGGUGACCGCACCGAAUACCACACAUUUCGAGACAACCUGAUGAUGUUUUUGCAUUCGGAUGCCGCAACCCACCCGCUAUUUCCGGCCGACGACAAAUCCAAGAUCUUGUUUGUCCUAUACCAUACGGAAGAGUCAGCCAUGUACUGGGCUCAGGAUUACAUUUCCGCCCAUAGAAGCCCUAACGGACUCGAGUUCGGAACCUUUUCUGACUUUUUGCAUGAUCUCGACCGUACCUUUACGGACCCUCAUUUCAAGGAAAAAGCCAGAAUCGAGCUGAGGACACUUCGACAAGGGAAAACACAUGUGCAGGCUUUUUUUGAACAUUUCGAAUUAACCCGGAGAUAUGCGGGGUAUGAGGCGGAGGAUCAUGACGAGUUUAUGAUUAUGCUGCUCAAUCAAGCGCUCAAUCAUGACCUUGUCCGGAGAAUCCAUAUUGCCAUCGAUCUGGCGGAGGUACCGGUGACCUUCGGAUUUUGGAAGGAGAAGGCUAUCCGAUUCGAUGAUAAUCGGCGAUGGCAGGUUACCCAGCGGAAGGGUGCUGACACGAGCUAUGGAGGGUACGGGGAGCCCAUGCAUAUUGCAGAGAUGCGCAGACGGGGUCUCUGCUUCACCUGCAGAGAACACGGUCACUUGGCGCGUGACUGCCCAAAAAAGAAGAUACACGAUAUUUGCUCGCUGAUACAAGACUUGACGGAUGAGGAGAGGGAUGAAUUGCAGGAGAUGAUUGAGAAUGGGGAGGUGUUUUGA